AUGCGUCUCUCUCUUGUCCUGCCCUUCCUGGGCUCUGUCUGGGCAGCACCCACUGAACCAUCCUCAGAAUCCUUCCCCUCUAUAUUCGACAAUCCCACCAUACCUACUGUCAAUCCCGCCGAGCUCGGCAUCCCAGACGAUUCACCACUCUUCCGACGAGCUGCGGCUACUACACAGGGCAAGAUCUUCUUGAACCUUAGCCGGUGCGAACUCAAGGUUGCAAGAGAUGGUGGCUGGUCGUUCAAGGCUGAGUCCCGCAACGCGGUGCUCUGGAUCGCCCAGGGCCUUCCGUCACCUGGGACCAAGAACGGUCAGAACCCAUACGACUUGUACGUUGAUGCUGGCAUCCCAACUGCGUCUGUGGGGUCCAGCGGAUCUGUUCAAUUCCUCACCAAUGCGUACAUGAAAUCGUUGCCCUCGCCUGGGACGAGCGUCGACGACUACGCGAAAGUUACUAUCCCUUCGGGCAAUACCAUCAAGGCUGACAUCAAUUUCUCAAACGUACCUAUUGAAAAGCAGCCGAACAGGUUCAAUGCACUGCUGGUGGAUUCAAAAGGCGCCGUGGGCCCCGUGACCCUUUUCUACCCAGACUCAGGAUUUGUUAGCGCCCUUGUCGCUGAUAAGGGGGAUGUUACCGGCUGGGUCUGGCUGAAUGGUUAUUCAGAUCCAACUGCUACUUCCAUGACUCAUCGAGGCUUUUAUUAUGCCAAAAUCACCGGGUUUUGCAUUAAGAGUGGUGGCCCAUGGACUUUCGUACCUCCUGCCUGA